GGUAAACCCUUCAAUUUGCCAUUGAUUCUUCUCAGACCAACAAUCCACAAGAAAUAUUCACAACAUGGCUCCAAACAAAAAGGAAAAGCCAGAGAUGAGUGCCUUCGAGCGCCGAAGACUCGAGAAUAUUGCGGCAAAUCAAGCAAUGUUGAAAGACCUUAGUACAACAGCUCAGAAAAUCGUCCCAAAACCGCCACCAAAACCAAAAUCUGCAACGCCUAGAAAGAGAGCAGCUCCAAUAAAAAAAGAAGCCCCUAGACCAACCCGUACAAGUUCACGUCUGGCUGGUAUCGAAGCCGAUAGCGAGACCGCAAAGCGCAAAGCAGAGGUCGAACAAGAAUUUGCGAAGGAAGUUUCACAAGCUAAGAGGCAGCGAGUCGCAGGAGAUAUAAAUAUUAAUGACAUUGUUGUCGAAGGAAAGAAAUGGAAGCAGGAGAACGGAUUUUUAUCUGGUGUCAUGCGUGGCGCUCAACCGAAUUUGAGAACCUUUACCGAAGAUGAUAUCAAAGAGACAACGGACGAAGGACUGAAGGCUCUGAGGGAGAAGAUGAGCGGGUUACAGUUAUAUGAGCCAUAUGAGCCCAAUCAAAUUAAAAUUACCCCCGAAAGAAUAUACGCUUUAGGGUUUCAUCCAACUGCAGACAAGCCUUUAAUAUUUGCUGGAGAUAAACUAGGGAACGUCGGGCUGUUCGACGCUUCACAAGAAGGCCCAGACGUGAAAACGGAAGAUGAUGACGACGAAGAGGACACAGAUACCACAGAGCCAGCUAUUACUGCUUUCAAGAUACAUUCUCGGUCAAUCUCUUCUUUUGUGUUUGGCGCAGAUGGAAACUCACUGUAUUCGGCUUCAUACGACUCUUCGGUUCGGAAACUAGACCUACAGAAGGGGGUGGCUGUCGAGGCAUUUGCCCCAGAUUCUCUAGAUGAAGACAUCCCUAUAUCUAGCAUUGCCAUACCAUCCACUGACCCGAAUCUAUUGUGCUUUUCAACACUCGACGGUCGAUUUGGGCGCCAUGAUAUGCGGACUCCAUCUAACAGUGAACUCUGGUACCUUUCUGACAAAAAGAUAGGUGGAUUUUCUUUACAUCCAUUGCAUCCUCAUCUUGUGGCUACGGCAUCAUUAGAUAGAAUGUUGAAAAUUUGGGAUUUACGGAAAAUAACAGGGACAGAUGAUUCAAGACAUCCGGUUUUACUUGGCGAGCAUGAGUCUAGGCUUUCGGUAUCUCAUGCUUCGUGGUCCCCUGCUGGUCAUGUUGCAACUUCUUCAUAUGAUGAUACUAUUAAGAUUCAUUCUUUCCUCGAUGCUGGUUCUUUCAAGGCGGGACAUUCACUCGACGAUGAUGCGAUGAAACCUACAGCUAUUAUCAAACACAAUAACCAAACUGGACGGUGGGUAACUAUCUUGAAGCCUCAUUGGCAAGAGAAACCCGAGGAUGGAAUCCAGAAAUUCGUGAUUGGAAAUAUGAGCCGAUUUUGUGAUGUUUAUUCAGCCGAUGGGGAACAAUUAGCGCAAUUGGGAGGCGAUGGUCUGAUAACAGCUGUUCCAGCUGCUGCACAAUUUCACCCUACAAAGGAUUGGGUUGCGGGUGGUACGGCAUCUGGAAAACUGUGUCUUUGGAUGUGAUAGACGGAUUUAUCGUGAGUGAUAAGUUGGGUAUUGUCUGAAUAUUGUAUAGUAUGAUGAGUACUUUGAGGGUUCAAUGAUGAUUUUACAUAGAGCGUUAUGAUGGCGAAGCUAUAGAAGAAUUUAAUGAAGCAACUGAUCCA